AUGCCCGACGACGAGGGUAUUUCAAUCUAUGAUGAGGUCGAGAUAGAGGACAUGACGUUUGACGAGGCCAUGGGAGUUUAUCAGUUCCCUUGCCCUUGUGGCGACAAGUUUCAGAUCACCCUAGAGGACUUGCUAGAUGAACAGGACAUUGCUGUAUGUCCCAGCUGCAGUCUCAUGAUUCGAGUUAUCUUUGACUUGGACGAUCUACCAAAGCCUCCCACCUCAGGCGGGCAGGUCCCCAUUACCGCCUGA